AUGUCGCAGGAGACUCCGCUCUCGCAGAGUUCACUAGCUCCUCCCGUGGAGCUUCGAGAGCCUACUAUCCCAAUUCAACGGCCAAGUCUUUCUGCAUCGCCUGAGCUGGAUAUGAAGCAGGAAAGCCAAGUCUGCCAGACUGAGAAACGCAAGCUCGAUUCACCUCCAUCAUUGGCUUCUUCCGAAAUGACUCCCCCUCCCUCGUCUCAAGUGCCUGGUGCUCCCUUGCGAACAUCAAGGUCUCGGUCGGCCUCGUAUCUAGCAUCCCCUCCAGAUCUUUCAAAGACUCUAUGCGCUGCGUAUGGUGCUUCUGAAAACCUCCCCACUGUCAAUGACAUAGACAAUGCUAGCGAAACAGACCUCCGAACCAUCGCCAAAGAGCUCCUUGGUGUGGCACAAGAAGCGCGUAUGUCGGCACUGCAUUUCAAACUGCAAAAUAGUUUGCUAUCUUUCACGAGUAACGAAGCUAUCAAGCGCGCUGAGGUCGAGCAUCAAUUAGCCAGAAGGGAGGUGGAAAUUUUGCAGAGUUCUGAAUACCGAAAUCGACAAUGCUCUUCUGAGGUUAAACCCCUGCUGCCAAUCUCGAAUGUGGAACUGGAGGUCGCUCUUAAACGAAACCAAGAGCUGGAGAGAGUUAAUGCUACUUUUGACCGCAGGCUGCGCCGGGCCAAAAAGCUCAUUGAACAAGAAAAAGAAAAGUCAGAUCUGCUUCGGGAGGAGAACAAUCUGCUGAAGAAGCGCAUCAGGGAAAACCGCGAGCAUUUCUCGCGAAUGAUGGAACGGGGCUCGAUGUCACCGAGCUCCCAGACACAAUCCCACGCCCUUCAUAGGAGAUCGGUACCUCACUUUCCCGAGAGUACUAGUCCACAUGUGAGCCGUGGGGAAAACCAUCCGUUUGCUGCUCUUCUGGCUGCAGACAGAGUUCUAAACAGGGAAUCUUCGGAAUUUCAUUCCUCUCCGCAAAGGUCGCGUCAAAGGCAGCAUCCAAACGGCCACGUGCGUGGGACGCAUUCUUUGUCCUCGCUUCCUUUGACGCCGUCGCAUUCCCGGACUGUCCACGAAGAAUCUCAAUUAUUUACCCCAGCAAGGAAUUCAAAUGAUGAGCAUCGUGACAGAGAUAGCACUAUCUCCGCCUCCGAUAUUGAAGAAGCGGAGACUGAAGAGGAUAUCCCAGCCUCUCAAGCUGGUUCUAUGCUCCGUCACAAUCCUGUCGUCAGUCAGCAGCAAAUUCGGCAUGUGGCAAGUGCUCCAAAGACGAGCACUUUGUUGCAGACCAAGUUGUUCGGCCAGGUGAGGAAGGCCAGCGUUGAGCGCCCCCCAAAUGGACUGAAACGCAAAGCAAAUAUCGAGGAGAGUGCGACCUCGAAGAAAUCAAAACCGGCAGAAGGAGGGGGUGUGGGUCUGGGUAUCGAAGCAUAG